ACAUAUGCAUCCCAUUCAGGAGAAUAGCCAAAGAACGUCUAAACUAACACAAACGAUCCACAGUAAUAGUAAAGUAACAAAUAAUAAGAACAUCUCUCAUGUUGGAAUCUUGUUUAACUCACUUUUAAAGCACGCCAACUUCUUCAUCUGAUACAACAAAACUUAGAUAGAGUUUUAGAUUUAAAUUAAAAAUUUAUCUUUAUAAUACGCGUUGGUAACCAAUUACAACAUCACAACCCCUCUCUCUCACAAGAGAAGCUAAGUGUUGAAGAUUAAGAGCCUCAAAGAGGAGAAGAAAAAAAUUAAAAGGCAUGAAAUUCCAGAGACUAAGUAUGAAAACAAGCAGCACUGCUACUACAGCCUUGAUACUCAUAGGUCAUAGCCAGCUCUUACUUGUUUCUUCUGAUGACACCAACCCGAAAAUCCACGUACCACUCUCUCUUCAUAUCCAAUUCCCUCUCAGACAACGCCUCCAUAUCCCACCACCUUAGAACUCUCACACGCAGACCCCACGUGGCAGGUUCUCAAGCCAACGCCGAAGCCGCAUCAUACGUUGUCUCAGUCUUCACCUCCUCCAACAUACCAUCCCACGUAGCAUCGUACGAGGUUGCUCUCACAUACCCUUUCUCACGUUCCUUGGUUCUAACCAACCCGCCACCACAACCUCCCACAACCUUCACUCUCCACCAAGAAACCUACGAGGGUGAUCCUUAUGCUGACGUUGCAGACGAGGUUGUCCCCACGUUCCACGCGUAUGCCAACUCAGCCACUGUGGCUGCUCCUGUGUGUUAUGUCAACUAUGGAAGAGUGGAGGACUAUUUCACACUGAAGGAAAAUGGGGUCAAUGUUUCAGGCACCAUUGUGUUGGCAAGGCAUGGCAAGAUAUAUAGAGGGGACAUUGUGAAGAAUGCAUAUGAUGCAGGUGCUGUUGGGGUGGUGAUAUAUUCAGAUAGGAAGGACUAUGGUGGUGGUGGGGAGGGAGGGUGGUUUCCUGAAGAGAAGUGGCUGCCACCAAGUGGGGUCCAGGUGGGUUCAGUGUAUCGAGGGUUAGGGGACCCCACAACUCCUGGUUGGGCAAGUGGUGAUGAGUGUGAGAGGUUGAACAAGGAUGAGGUGGAGAAGGGAGGUGAAGUUCCUCUCAUACCUUCAUUGCCUGUGUCAGCUGCUGAUGGGGAGAAGAUAAUGAGGUCAGUUGGUGGACCAGUUGCUGAGGAUGAUUGGCAGGGAAGCAAGGAUGCUCCUGUUUACAGGCUUGGACCAGGACCAGGAAUUCUCAAUCUUAGUUACAUGGGGCAGGAUGUAAUAGCCACAAUUCAAAAUGUUAUUGGGGUGAUUGAAGGGGCAGAAGAGCCGGACCGAUUUGUCAUUCUAGGGAACCAUAGGGAUGCGUGGACAUUUGGAGCUGUUGAUCCCAAUAGUGGCACUGCAGCACUACUUGAGAUCGCCCAAAGGCUAGGGAAGCUUCAGAAAAGAGGGUGGAGACCUAGAAGAACAAUUCUAUUAUGCAAUUGGGAAGCUGAGGAAUAUGGCCUUAUUGGAUCAACAGAGUGGGUAGAAGAAAACAGAGAAAUUCUUUCUUCAAGGGCAGUUGCUUACUUGAAUGCUGACUGUGCAGUAGGGGGACCAGGGUUCAAUGUCCGUGCUACUCCACAGCUUGAUGAAUUGAUCAAGAGAGCAACUCAGCAGGUCAAAGACCCUGAUAACUCAUCACAAAGCAUUUAUGAAUCUUGGACUAGUUCUAGUAGUUCUCUGUUUGGAAGGUUAGGAGGUGGAGGAUCAGAUUAUGCAUCUUUUUUGCAGCAUGUGGGAAUCCCGGCUGCUGACAUAGCCUUUGGAGGAGAUAUUGCAGGAUACCCGGUAUACCACUCACUCUAUGAUGACUUCGUCUGGAUGGAAAAAUUCGGUGAUCCUAUGUUUCAAAGGCAUGUUGCAGCGGCUAGUGUUUGGGCAGCACUUUGGUUAGCAGAUGAAGAAAUCUUACCUUUUGAUUAUCUUUCCUAUGCUAAGGAGCUCCAGCUUAGCGUGAAGAACCUGGAGGAUGAGAUUUCAAAUAAAGACAUAAAUUUGUCACCUAUAUUCAAGUCUAUCAAAGAGCUUGAGAAAGCAGCGAUCAAAAUAAAUAACCAGAGAAGGGAAAUAGAAGCAAGUAAAAGUUGGAUAACACGUAAGAAGGACCACUUGAAAGUGAGAGAGUUGAAUGAUAGAUUGAUGAUGGCUGAGCGUGCGUUCACCGACAGAGAUGGCCUCUUUGGAAUGUCUUGGCAUAAGCAUUUGAUCUAUGGACCAUCAAAACAUAAUGACUAUGGCUCUCAAUCGUUCCCUGGAAUCGAUGAUGCUGUUAAAAUGGCCGAAAAUCUUCAUUCUGCAGAAUCAUGGCAUCGUGUACAACACGAAGUUUGGAGAGUCUCAAGAGUCAUCAAACAUGCAUCACUAGUUCUUGUUGGUCAACCAACAUGAAUAUGAAUUUAGUUGUACAUUAUCUAUUCAUCGUAAAUUACAUCCCCACGAGAAUAAAUAUGUAUAUAUGUGUGAUGAUUCAUAAAUCUGUCGCAACUCAAAAGAAGUGAUUUAGGAUUUCCCCGCCUCUCAUCUGUCAAAUGCAGUUUACAAUUUGAAUGAUAUGUUGCAAAAGUACAAGAUAAUUUUUCAAGCACAGUACGAAGGCUGUCAUAGUUAUGUAAUAUGCACAUUAAAAUUCAUGUAAAAGUAAUUAAUUGUUAUUUCUACUUAUCCACAUCUAA